AUGAGGACUUUGAUACCUCUCCCAACACAGGAAAAGCCAGCAAAGGCUACAGCGGCAAUACUAGUGCCACUCUGUAGAGUCAAUGGGAUUCCUUCGUUGCUGUACACAAUGCCAUCGAAUAGUAUGCGUCUCAACACUGGCUAUAUAUCCUUUCCCGGCGGCAAGUGCGACCCGAGAGAAACCGCCAUUCAAACUGCUCUUAGGGAGACACGAGAGGCACUGGGAAUUGUACCGGACAAAAUAAACAUUUGGGGUCAAGGGCCUCCUAUCCCUAGCCGCACUAAUGAGUAUAUGAUCAACCCAGUUAUCGGCGUAAUUCCUGAAUUGAAAUCUUCGGACAUGAACAUAAAUAUUGAUAAAGUUGCAGAAGCUUUCACCGUCCCUAUACAAGUCUUUUGUAACCCUCAAAACCAAUACUACACCCAGUAUAGUAACGGUUUGCUCUUACCAGUAUUCAUCGCAGAUGAAUACAAGAUUUGUGGCAUCACUGCUUAUGUUACCCACGCUUUUUUAACUUGCACUUUGUCUAAAGAUGUGUAUCACAACGAGUGGCUAAAACAGAAAAUAGAUCUUCACACUUCAUCAUAA